AUGGUGAAUAGUCUGUGGUUCAAAUGGAAAUCCCUAAAACUUCCAUGGAGGAGGUCUUGGGUAGUUGGCCAGGAUUUGUCCGGUAAUACCUUCUGGGAAUUCCGCGAUGCGCUCAACUCCAACCGAAACCGCCGUAUCGUCAAAUACAAUCCCAAAGCUCACUACGGAGAUGUGAAGAUUACCCCACAAUGGCACCAAUGGCUCCGAUACGUCCGCCACGAACCCCCAAGUAUCGAGGAACAGCAAAGAGAUCUCAUCCGACAAGCUCAAAUCAAGAAACUUGCGCAGAUCGCAGAUGAGAAAUGGGCAGCUAAGCCGUCGUUCAUGGACAAGCCGAAGACUCAGCAACCUACACCUGCUACCCGAACGAGCGAUCAGACAUUACAUCCUACGGAACCAGCAGAUCCGAUAUCCCAGCGACGACCUGGUGUUAUGAAUCAGACACAGGGGGGAGAUGAAAUCCAGAAAGAAGCCGAUAAGAACAAAAAGACAAAAGGUCCUGCAGCAAAGGUCCCGACAGGUCCGGGAGAGAAGUGGCAACCAGAGGCGUGGAUACCAGACGCAAGUCGAAGAUAA